AUGACUUCUCGCUCUACUUCUCGCAACCGUAAGUCAAAAAACACCGCCACGCGCCUGUCGAUGGGCGCGGAGAACUACCUGCUGUCCAUAUUCCGAUUGGAAGAGCAGAACGUGCGCGUUACCCUCACGGUGCUCGCCGACCACCUCAAGACACUUCCAAUGGACGAGGGGCUGGGGACGUCGCUGCCAUCCGUAGGAGGCAUGAUCCGCCGACUCUCCCGGGAGGGCCUGGUCGAGACGACUGCCAAUAAAGAAGUGGUGCUGACAUCCAAAGGCCGGAAGCCGGCCGAGAGCAUCGUCAGAAGACACCGGCUCGCCGAGUGCCUGGUGGUGGACCUGCUGGAAGUAGACCUGCACCUGGCCCAUAUCGAAGCCCAUCGCCUUGAGCACGCGAUCUCCGAAUACCUUGAAGAGAAGAUCGUGAAGGCGCUCAACGACCCCACUACGUGCCCGUUCGGACACCCCAUCCCCGGAAGCGCCUACACUCCCACCAGACAGACCAAGACGCUGGACAAAGCGCAGCAGGGAGAGGAGCUCGUCAUAGACUCGGUACCCGAGGAUGACCCCGCGCUUCUGAAGUAUUUUGUGGAGCAGAACCUCGUACCUGGCCGAGAGGUGGACGUGAGGGAGGCUGCAAAGACUCGAGGAGUCAUAACACUUGACUCCGGCGCCGGCGAUAUAGUGUUCAGCUACGAUGUCGCCGCAAAGAUACGAGUGUGCCCCAGAUAA